UCGGGCGUGGUGCUGCCUGCACCGCCAGAGCAUCACCCAGCAGAAUGGAGGAACCUCCCGGGGGAAAGAUUCUGAGCUAUGACCGGGGAAACUUCUUUUGACGGCCCAACCUUCCUUGCAUCGGAGCCCCGAUGCAUCUGCUAAUCCUUCUGAUUCAGAGAUCUACGAUUGUCACUUUAAAGGAUUUACUCUUGAGCUGCAGCCGAGCGAACAGAAUCCUCCGAGUGGAGCUGACGAUCCCCAACUUCUCACCGAAGCUCUCCACUUGCAGCAUCUUCCUGCAAGGACUGAAAGAGGGAAGGAAGGAAGGAAGGAAGGAAGGAAGGAUAGAUAGAUAGAUAGAUUUUUCUGUUGGGGCGAACCUCCCUUGAAAUAACUCCCAUCCCUCCCAUCAGGAAGACUGUGUUGGAAAGGCAGUGGAUUAUGGCUCUACAGAAGCAGGUGGAAAGUUGACCUACUCUGUAGGAUUGGUUUUCCAAGGCAGCCCCAAGUGUCAAAAGGAGGCAGGAGGAACCUAUUUGCUGAGAAAUUUUAAAAAAGAAAAGAUAGGUGAACAUCUGGAGAGGGACUGGUGCCAUCUUCACCUGCAAGGGCUCAUCCUUACCCCUGAGGAUUUUAAAAUCCCCUUUUUAAGGAGGCUGAGAGGGGACAUGGGGGCUACGAAGAUGCCAGCAUCUCCAGCGUGAAGCUGCCGAUUAAUCUGCACCCACCUUGCAUUCUUAGCCAGAAGAAAAUUUGGACAAUGCUAUUGUGAAUCCUCCUGGAUAAUCCUCGAAAUUGCUUCUCCAAAAAGCCCUCCCCACUCCGCCCCCUUCUCUCUCCCUCUCCCUCUCUCUCUCUCUUUUAAUUUCUCCAUCUGCAAUGUAAUCAGAGGAGGAGGAGGAGGAAGAAGAAGAAGAGGUGGGAGGAAAAAAGAAAGAAAGCACAAGAAAGCACAAGCAAAGCUUUCUUCUCCGGUUCCAGAAUGCUCACUUCUAAACCUCUGGAGGAGGAAUAUUGGAUUGAAGGAUCCCGGAGACAAUCGGCUUUGCAGGAUUUCUAUCUUAUGGGACCGGAGCUGGGCAGGGGGGCCACCUCUGUGGUUUACAGCUGCGAAGAGAAAGGAUCUCAGGUCCAGUAUGCUGCCAAAAUAUUGAAGAAAACGAUUGACAAGAAAAUUGUCAGAACUGAAAUUGGAGUUUUGCUGAGGCUCUCCCAUCCAAAUAUUAUCAAACUCAAAGACAUCUUCGAAACCCCCACAGAGAUCACACUCAUCCUUGAAUUGGUGACAGGUGGUGAGCUGUUUGACAGGAUUGUGGAGAGGGGAUUUUACAGCGAAAGGGAUGCAGCCCACGUGGUGAAACAGAUCCUGGAAGCUGUCUCCUAUCUGCAUUCAAAUGGAGUUGUCCACCGUGACCUCAAACCAGAAAACCUUCUCUACGCAGAUCUCUCCCCCGAUGCUCCUCUCAAAAUUGGUGAUUUCGGUUUAUCUAAAAUUGUGGAUGAGCAAGAUACAAUGAAAACCGUAUGUGGCACACCAGGAUACUGUGCACCCGAAAUUCUCCAUGGCUCACCAUAUGGCCCUGAAGUGGAUAUGUGGUCUGUAGGCGUCAUAACAUACAUUUUGCUGUGUGGCUUUGAGCCCUUCUUUGACCCAAGAGGAGAUCAGUACAUGUACAGCCGAAUCCUAAAUUGUGACUAUGAGUUUGUCUCCCCUUGGUGGGAUGAAGUCUCCCUCAAUGCUAAGGAUCUGGUGCAAAAGCUGAUUGUCCUGGAUCCCCAGAAGAGGCUAACAGUUCAUCAAGCCCUAGAGCACCCUUGGGUGACUGGCAAAGCUGCUAAGUUUGCUCACAUGGACAGCACCCAGAAGAAACUGCAGGAGUUUAAUGCAAGGAGGAAAUUAAAGGCUGCCGUGAAAGCAGUGGUGGCCUCCAGCCGUCUCGGCAACCACAGCCAUCACGAGGGAUGCAGAAAUGAGCGCCAUCAGGAUGCGACCAAAGAAGAAAGUGCAGCUCCCUCAGCAGAGAGUGGCCUCUUUCUCCAAGAAGAGAACCUUUACAAAGAGAAGAAGAUGGAGACCGACACAGAAGAAGCCAUGACCAUCAACAGCCCUUUAGCCAAGGUCGAGAAGCUCGAAGGUUUCCAGAACGAGAGUCCCGCAACUCCGGUGAUGAUACUUAACGGUUCCGGCUGCAACACUUAACCCUACGGCAUUCCAGCGCAUUGCUCUUGUCACCAACUCAAGGGGUAUAAAGUCUAUCACCACCGCCCAGUAGACAAAAUUCUAACAAUGUCCAUCAAAGACCACCAGCCAGAUUGAGAGAACAAUUCAGAUGGAGGAGGAGGACCGAAAUCUAGUUGAAAUUAUGAGAAAGUGCUACGGGGACAUCUUCGACAACCUGGCAUCUUCUGCUUAGGUGGGAUUCCUGCUCCUAUCAUCUUUAUCCAGGGAUGAUGGGAACUAUGAUCCAAUUUUUUUGAGAGAGCACCAGACUAGGGAUGGCACUAAGGAUAGGCAGCUCUGGGCUGAAGAGCUGGUUGUCUUGUUUUGCAGAGAAAUCCAUGCUCUUUAAUAUCCUUUCUGUCUGUCUGUGUGUGCGUGUGUUUGUAUGCGUCUUUGUACACAAAAGCAUUUUAUAUAUAUAUAUAUAUAUAUAUAUAUAUAUAUAUAUAUAUUUGUUUUCUGAGGUUUUCGCGGGUGUUUGUAUGUAGGUCUUUGGUUGUUCGGGUUUUCUCCCGUGUAAAAUUGGAAGUGUCUUGGCGACGUUUCGACGAAGUGUGUGAUUGCAACUGUUUCUUCCUUUUUAACUGCUACUUCCUUUUUAACCCCCACUAGCAGU